AUGCUCGCUUGGCCCCACAGUCGCGUGGUACGGAAUGGAGGAAGAACCGACGCUAAUUUACUGGCAAAGAGAAUCGUGGUGCGUCUUAUUGUGGGUUUUCGCGCUCUACACAUUCGUCCACGCGACCUAUUUCAUCCUCAACUCUCUGCACCACGAACGGAGCUUGAUGCGGUUGCGAUGCCUUUAAACCUUUUCUCCUCUCAUAAGCACGCCAAUGUUAUUGAGUCAUUUUUCACCGGACUCUCCACGUCGUAUAUCGUCCAGCAGGAGGAAGAGGAUGAGGAGGAGGUACUCCCACCCCUCGGUGGUCGUAUUUCUUCCUCUGACAUUGACCCAAGCUGCAAAUGA